UCUCUCUCUUUCUCUUAUUAUUGUUGUUUUUGUUUCUGGGUUUCUCUGAUUUUACUUUUAUUUAUUCAUUUUUUUCGAUACAAUAUAUGUGUGUGUAUAUUUAUUCUUGUUUCUGCAAUACUUUUUUUGAUUCUGCGGCUGUUUCGUUCUCCAACGAUUCCGCUUUGAUUCUCGGGAUUUGAGCGGUGGAUCGAUUUCUUCUGCGAUAUUCCGAAGUUUGGAAGCGAGGGUUUUCGAGUUUUCUGGACGACGGAGAUUCCGAUCGAUUAACGCCUGCUAGGGUGAAGUUUUUGGAUAUUUUCCGAUUGGAUUUUCCAUUUAUCGGUAGAAUCUGCGCUUUCCUGCGUUUCGAUUGUCUGGAAUUUGGUCGUUCUUCAAGUAAUUGAUCUCCGAAUCGAUAAUCUAGUUCUGAUUUUUAUCCUCCUACUUUGCGAUUUCGAUUUCGAUUUUUUGGUUCGUCACGAGGCCUGUAUUUUAGGGUUUUUCGGCAAUAUCUCCUUCAGCAAAAAUAAUUCAUAGUUUUGGAGACUGUUGCUGUGCUGAGGUUUUGUUCGAUUCGAAACUUUGAGCUAAAUUUUGAGAUAGUUCGAUUUCUCUGGCUUGUUUGUAUAGCUGCGUAAGCUGUUUUUGGUGCCAUGGAAGCUAAAAAGGUUUCGAAAUUAGGUAGAAAUAGUGAGCCUGGUAAUGAAACCGGAAACCGGAUUCUUUCAGAAGGGUCUCGAUGUUCUGAAGUUGAAAUGGUUGAAAGUACGGCGUCAAAUGAACCAUCACAAGCAAAUGAUGGGGAUAAACAUGGCGCCGAGAUAGUUGUUUUCAGCUCGGAGAAAGAUGAGGGUGGAGGAAGCCAUGGCAAUGUAGUUUUAUCGAGAGAAUCGGCGCCGAUUGUUGGAAAGGAUGAUUUGAGUGUGAGUGCUUGUGUCUGUGGUGUCGAGAAGCUGAAAUCGCGAUUGGCAGCUUCGGUUUCUGAGUCCGGGAAGAAUGGGAGGAAGCUGAGUCGACAGGAUCGGAUUGAGUUGGGUAGGUUGUUUCAGGGCGCCGUGAGUUCCCACGAUUGGGAGCUUGCCGAGAGCUUGAUCUUGUUGGCUGAUCCUCAGACACUAAACGACGCCCUCUGCAUUUCGCUGGAUUCGAUUUGGUUCUUGAGCUCGCAACCUGAGUUGUAUGGGAUUACAGGGUUGAUCAAGAAGAUCAUCGCCAAUGGGGCGUACGAUUUCACUAGAGCUGCGCUUAGGACAUCAUUUCUUGCGUCGUGUGUAUCAGCCUGUCAGAGCCGGACAAUGAGCCUCGCCGACACUGUCAGUGUGAUGGCGCAAAGGUUAAACGAAAGGCUUCAGGAAUGCAAUGGCGACGAAGUCUUGAAGGCAGAAGCCGGCGCUAAGGUUCAAAAGUUCACCGAGUGGGCUCUUAAAUGCAUUAGUUUCCAUUCGCGUUGUCAAGGGAAUAAAGACAGAGUGGGCCACAAUUCGCCUGUAGAGAUUCAACUACAAUUGAACGCAUUUAAGACAUUCCUCGAUCUCGCGGGCAACCACCUCACCGGGAAGGAUUUUACCGAGGCGUUUGAUGCGGCUUGCUUCCCGCUUACACUUUUCUCCAGUUCAUUCGAUCCCGGUUGGGCUUUGGGCAUGUCGGCUACUGCCAUCCAUGGAUUGUUGAGCAUGCUCGUCGAGGGCGGCGCUGACAAUGUUAACCAAUGUUUCUUGGAGGCGUCGCGAUUCGGGAGCACCGAACUUGUGCGCAUUUUGUUACAGAUUGCACAGAGGAACAGUUUGGACGUCGACGUCGACCUGGCAUUGGGAUUUGCGUCGCACUAUGGUAAAAUUGGGACGAUGGAGUGUCUGGUGGAAGAGGGCAAUGCCGUAGCUUUCUUGGGUCCUUUAAUGAGAGCUUCCGAGCGGGGUUGCAUGCCGGUAGUCGAGUGGUUCGUCCAAAGAGGUUGCCGGGACAUGGAACUCUGCCUCGCCCUCACCGCCGCAACGUCGAGCAGCCAAGUCGAAAUCGCGGCGUAUCUCCUCCCACACGUCCCGCACCACGUCCUCGCCGCCCUCAGCGUCGAAAUUCUCAAGGCUGCCGGGGAACGCAGUGGCGGGUCCCUAAACGGGGUCGCAUUCCUCCUCCGUUCCAACUUUUUAGCAGACCCUGCAGCGACUUACGCCGUCGCCGACAGCAUUGCAAGAUCCGAUGAUGACGCAGUUGCUCCCGAGCUCCGGGUGUUUCUCCGGGAGCAUUGGUCUGAGGAAGCUUACCUCGCCGGACUGCGACAGGGCGAAGUGCAUUUCUCCAACAUGGUCGAAAUUAUCAGUCGGGGAAACUCCCCGAUUUGUCUCUGGGACCUUCCGGCCCCUCUGAGGGUCGCCAUUGCUUAUCUGCCUCUGUAUCGGGAGUGCGUCGACGCGGGAGGCAGUUUGCUGUCGCAGAGGCACCGGGGACAGCUCGUCGACGCCGGGAGAAGGCUCGGGGGAGUGGUGCUCGACGGGCCUGAACAGAAGCCGGAGCUUUUGGCCAUCUUGGAACAGCAUCUUCCUUUGUUUCUCCACAGCGACGCCGGUGUGGUUUAGUACCUGUGGAAUAUUUUUUAUAUGCGGAUUGGAUUGGAUUGGAUCGGAUUGGCUGGUUCGCGCUACAUUUCCGUGCGUCGUUUUGGUCUGAUGUCUGAGAAAAUAACGGAAGGUAAAGAUCAUGUUGUUGAGGAUGCUAUAGCUUGUUUUCUCUCAAGUUGCUUUGUUGCCGAUGCGAACACAAAGUUUUAUCGCUCAAUGAGACCGGGAUGUUGGUGCGAAGUGUUGUAUAAGUGUUGAAUGAAUGAUAAUGCGAUGGACGAAUGUGUUUA